CCCAGCGGAUUCACUAACAUGGAUGAAAGUUUUGACUUUGCUGAAUACCCUUGAGCCAGACCAGACGAUAUCAGCUUCUGAGGCCUGGAAGAGGACAGAAUCACAGCUUCUGGAUGAUCAGGAGUCGUGUUUCACUGACGCCUAAGAAGGUCUCGCUCCUCCUGCACAACUAGAAGAACUGUCCCUCAACCUCAAGGACUGCAAGAUCACACGGAGCCAGAGAGGAGGGACCGUUUGCAGCUCUGAGAGCCAGCUGUCGUUCGCUCAGAGCUGGGUCUAUUCUCUCCCUGACUCCCUCGUUCUCCACUGGCCUCAUCACUCCAUGGGACUCCAGACCUGGCCGCCAAGCAAACCACUGUCCUCUAUGGCCUGCCUUGAUGUGGAGACCCCGUCCAUCUGCAGGGGUAAAUUCAAAUCAGUCCUCCAGCUCUGUCUGCAGCAGAGGAGGACUCGGGAGCAGCUUGUGGAGCAAGGCAUCAUGCCGCCUCUGAAAACGCCUGCUGCCUUUCAUGAGCAGAUUCGCAGCCUGGAGAGAGCCAGGACUGGGAGCUUCUUGAAGCACAAACUCUGCAGCAGACCUGAGCGCUCUGAGCUGGUCCGUAUGCACAUCCUACAAGAGACGCAGGCUGAACCCUCCCUGCAGGCCACACAGAUGAAGCUGAAGAGGGCCAGACUGGCUGAUGAUCUCAAUGAGAAGAUCUCCCAGCGGCCUGGACCCAUGGAGCUGGUGGAGAAGAACAUCCUGCCUGUUGACUCUGGUGUCGAAGACGACAUUGACGAUGGUGAGGCGAAGUGCUCUAAGCCACCAGACAUUUACAGCUUUGAUGAGGACAGCAGUGAUGCUUUAUCACCAAAACAGCCUGCCAGCCAAAAAUCUCCCAGCUCCACCUCCGCCUCUCCAAGGGAGUCUGGAGGGACUGAGGCUACUUCUGCUUCCUCUAAUGUAAACUCUCCCAUACAGCACUCCCCACCUCCUAACUCGCAGUCCACAUCAGAUAUAGUCAACCUUGUCUCCACCAGUGAGCAACAAAGCAACCCACAAGCAUCUACACCUCAGCCAAUCACCACUGUUGUCCCCAGUAUCACACCGGGGCCUCUUCUUGUGAAGCAAAGCCUGCCCAAGCUAUCCAGCGAUAAAAGCCGCAGCAAAAAGAGCAAAGAGCCCAAACCGCGAGUGAAAAAGUUAAAGUACCAUCAGUACAUCCCCCCGGACCAGAAGCAGGAGCUCAAUGAGAUGCUGAUGGACUCAGCCUAUGGCCGUCUCCUGCAGCAGCAGCAACAGUUCCUGCAGCUUCAGAUCUUAAACCAGCAACAACUGCAGUACAGCUACCAGGCCGUCCUGCCGGCCACACUCAAACCAACAAGUGAGGUACAAACCAGCUGUUCCAGUGUUGUUCUGAGUGGAAACGCUUCGUCUACCCCUGCGCAGCCCCGGCACACUCAGACGAACCGCAAGCCGGAUCAUUUACCAGCUAAUCUGGAUGAGAUGAAGGUCGCUGAGCUGAAAAUGGAACUAAAACUCAGAUCUUUGCCUGUUUCUGGGACUAAGACAGAUCUGAUAGAGAGGCUCAAGUUGUAUCAGGAGAACUCUAACAUCCAAACUGCCGUUGAGACACCAGCCAUCACAGCAGCUGCACAGUCUGAAAACAAAAAGCUGACCCCACCUGUGUCCCCUAUAGCCUCCAAGGUGUCCAGUCUGGGCAUAGAGGACAGUAGUGUGGCAGACAGCCCGGCCAAGCUUUCAGAUGCUCUGUCUCCAACUCACACUGCUCCACAGGAGGAGUGUCCCACAGAGACUCGAUCCUAUGAGAGGGACUCUGAGAAGGACAAACGUCUCCACGAGAAGGAGCGUCAGAUUAAGGAGCUGAUGAGGAAGCUGGAGCAGGAGCAGAGGCUGGUGGAGGAGUUGAAGAUGCAGCUGGAGGUGGAGAAGAGGAGUCAGCACGGAGAUUCUCCACCUCAGCUCAGCCCUCUCGCUCCCAUCCAGGUCAAAGAGGAAAACAGGACAAACUGCUCAGCGUCUUGUGGUUCUCCUGGUCUGCCAGUGUUGGUCAAACAAGAGGAGGUGGCUCCUCAAAAUCAGUUAAUCAUCAGCCACCAGACUAUUACGCAGCCUGAAAGCUCGCAGCCAGUCCAGGCCGGAGCUCAGAUCCUCCCGCCUGCAUCCCGUCCUGCCUCGGCAGUCGCUCUCCAGCUGCCUGCCAGCAGCAUUAAAUUACACACUACUGUUAGCGGCACAGCCCCAGGCCUCAUCCAGACCUCUGGACAGGUGCCACAGAAAAUAGAGGCCUCAGCAGCAUUACAACAGCAAUGCAGCACUCAGACUCAGCCACUGGCAAAGACUUGGAGGAUUGGUAGUACAGCACAAAGCUUACUCAACACAUUCCCAGCGAGUGGAUGUCCUGUGGGAGUCUCCUCUAGCCAAGCUGGUCCUAAAGAUCCUACAAAUAAGUCUCCCGGUACCAGCCAGCCAACGAUGAUCUUGCCAAAAUUCACAAACCAUGUGUCAAAGUGUAAAGACCCGCCCCGCUACGAGGAUGCAGUAAAACAGACACGCAGCAUGCUAACCGCUGUUCAGGGUCCCACUGCAGCGAGCCAGCAGAUGGAUGACUUGUUUGAUGUGUUAAUCGAGAGUGGUGAGAUCUCACCCUUCAUCAGACAGGAUCCUCCCAGCCAGGACAAGCCUCACCCUGUGACAGCCAGCGUAACCACCCUUCCCAUCAACACGGUUUUAUCCCGCCCUCCACCCGUGGUCCACGUGGCCCAGCCGCCCGCGGCACAGCUCGACCCCUCGGCCAGCUUGGCAGCCUUAACCUCUGACGCCCAGCUGGAAACCCUCCUGGAUGUCUCGCUGGGCACCGAGCCACAAGCACUGAAGCUAAUGGAGGAGCUGCACUCACCUGUGGUUACCAUGGAGGUGGACUUUAAUGAAAACACAUCGCCCUCUGCUUUGAACUUGCACAGCACCAACAUGGACAAUAUGGAUUGGCUGGACCUUACCCUGUCUGUGCCAGCAGAGGGGGUCAACCCUUUGGACAUGUCAGCGCCGGUGGGCGUCUUCUCCUCUGACUUCCUGGACUCACAUGAACUGCACUUGAACUGGGACUAAAGGAGAAUUUGUACACCUAAGAGACAGUUUCAGAUAACUUACUUUUUUAAUGCAAGGGAGGAUGUUUUUUGUUUCCUAUGUGGAAAAAUAAGGGCUUUUGGAGUUUGGGGCAGCUCUGUUUUGCUUCCUGGCCUUGUAAAUCAGCUCAAUAAUAAUCUAAUUGUGCUGCGUCAGUUUAGAAGUUCUCGCAUUGCUUCCUUUGAGGUGUAAACCUCUGAUUGUACGGGGAGACUGAAAGUAGGACUGGUACUGGCAGAUUGAGCUGACAGUGCAAGUAGCUUUUAACAUUUCAAUCUUAAAUUGUGCCACAGAUUUGUUAUCAAUCUGUUCUCAUGUAAUUGCUCUCUCUUUGUCCUCUGAUCACAAUGAAUGUACAGUGUUAUAUUGGAGCAGAAAGAGUAGGAAAAUGUUCUAAUGCUGGUUACAGAAUUAAAUGGACAAACACUGCAUGUAGCUGAGGGCUGUUAUGUAAUUCACUCCACCCUGUCUCGGAAUGAUCACUAUCAAAACAGAUUGUAAACACACAACUAGAUGUUCCCUGUGUAUAUGUAAAUUGUGAAGCAUAAAUCGGACGUUUAACUGAA